AUGGCGAGAUUGUUUCUUUCGACACGGGCCUUGAGGCUUUGGGUUGAUGUCUUAGAUGGGUUUCUCGCUGUGAUUGUCGAAACGGGCGAAAUGUAUAGAGAGAAUGACGGAGGUAUGAAGACAAAGGAAUUCAUCACGAUAUGGACGAUGAUGGAAUACGGGAUUGAUUCAUCAUGGAUGAAGAAAUAUGACAUUGAACCAUUUGACAUACCCUGCAAGAGUGUGGGUUGGUGGAAUAAUGAGAAACUCAUGUUUUGCAGUACAAAUAUUGACGACAGUAGCAGCGUAUAUAUUAAUGAAGAGUUAACAUCAUUGGAUAUACGAGAGGCUAAAUCAGAUAUCCCCAAAGUGAUGAAGAGAUAUGGUAUUGUUAGAGGCAAGGUGUUGAAGCUGUGA